AUGGCUGCGUCUGAGUCUGAGUCGCAUCCUCUGGCUGUCCUUGCCCCACCUUUCGUAAUCGGAUGGUUUCUGCUGAUUUGCUGCUACUUCAGUCUGACGUUUCCGAAGUCAUUGGCAGCAAAGGGUGUCCGCCUCGUGUUAGCUCCUAUAGGCAUAUACUCUUUUUAUAAGUUCUCACAUGGGUACUUCUGGGUAUUGGAUGACAACAUCAUUCCUCGCGAAGUGAGCAAUUAUGUAGGCCUACCAGGUUAUGCGUUUUACCACAUCUGUGCUCUCAUCGAAACGUCCCUAAUCAACAUAAACGACGCUUCGCCUCCUCUGUGGAUAUCCAAGGAAACCCGCAGACCACUACCACUCCCGAAGACGUUUUCUGGUCGUUUGAAAUAUGCUCUUGACUUGUGGGGUUCACCCCGAGGCUCGAGCUGGAUCAGUGGGCGGUACUGGGACUUCGCUCCCAGCUCGGUCGCUAAUUAUAAGUCAUCAUACUCCUCGCGAUUAACAUUUCUUCUCGGCACAUGCAUCAACAUGAUACUAAUCAUACUGCCAAUGGAUGUAAUGGAUUCAUACACCAAGCAGUUCCAAUUGAAUACGUUGAGUUCAAGACCCAUCACGGACUUCUUCCCCUGGUACACCCAAAUGGCGUUCUCACUCCACCUGUGCGCUUUCACUUAUGCCACUUGCAACCUUACGCACGCCCCUUUUGCCCUGUUUUCCGUUGGGUUAGGGUUCACGCCUGACCUGGAUGUUUGGCAACCAAUGUUCAGCAAUCCGCUCUGGUCGCCAAACCUGACACAGUUCUGGUCCCAGGGCUGGCAUACGUUCUACCGCCGAACUUUCCUUCGGUUGUCCGCUCCUUUCACGUCAUCCCGACGAUCCCACACCGUACCUGAGGUGCGCGAGACGAAUCCGAGGCGAAGGCAAAGUUUGCGGGAACGAUUUGUUGCUAUUAUAGUCGCGUUUACUGUCUCUGCUAUACUUCAUGGAUUGUGUUAUGGGCGGGUGCCAGCGGAUGCAUUGCAUCCCCAUACAUCGCUUAUCGAGAUGGGGGUGAUGAUGUUCUUUGUUGCUCAACCUGUUGGCAUCGCAUUGGAUACGGCCCUUGCAAGGUUCGCAGGCGACUCGCGGGCGGGUCGAAUCCUAAGGAGAGUUUUUGGAUGGUUCUGGUUGCUUUGGACGGCGAGGUGGUGGGCGGAUGUGUUUGCGAAGAAGGGUUUGUGGGAUAAUAAGGAGAAAGUUCUGUUCAUCAGCCCAACCAGAGGGAUUUUGUGGGGUGAUUGGAUGCAUAGAGGUCCAUGAAAUUACAUAUCUAUUCGUCUUGCUAUUACACAAGUACCGAAUGCAUGCAUGCAUCACAACUCUGAUUGGCCGGAGUUGUUGGUGCUUGGCGCUUGCCCUCUGAAUCAG